CUGCUGGACCAAGCUUCUCUAGUGCCAUGGCCCUCCACUGACCCUUUCUCCUCCUGCUCACUUGCCCCGGAGGUUCUGUAUCCACCAACAUGGAGAAGACCUACUCACUGACGGCACAUUACGACGAGUUCCAGGAGGUCAAAUACGUGAGCAAGUACAGCAGCAGUGGCACUUUGCCCAACGGGUUCAACCUCCAGCUGGGCACCACUGGGACCAAGAAGAAACACUGUGGGUUGCCCCGCUGGAGCCGCCGGGAGAUCUGCCUCCUCUCUGGGCUGGUUUUUGCGGCCGGCCUCUGCGUCAUCCUGGGAUGCAUCCUGGUGUUGAAAUACCUGGCUCUGGAGCAGGAUGCAUACUGCCUGGAGGGAUGCCAGGAGCGGAAGGCCUUCACCAAAGCAUCCCGCUUCAUCGCCACCAACAUUGACCCCACCAUCGACCCCUGCAAGGACUUCUACUCCUUCGCUUGUGGUGGCUGGCUCCGGCGACACGCCAUCCCCGAGGACAAGCUCAUUUAUGGCAUCAUUGCUGCCAUCGGGGAGCAGAACGAGGAGAAACUUCAGCAAUUGCUCUUGCAACCUGUCCGGAGGGCCUACCCGGCCUCAGCCGAGCGCAAGGUCAAGGAGUUCUUCCGCUCCUGCCUCGACCUGGCUGAAAUUGACCGCCAGGGGGCCCGGCCCAUGCUGGACGUCAUAGAGGACUGUGGUGGUUGGGACAUGGCCACCACUGGACGCCACGGACGAUGGGAUUUCAAUGAGCUGCUCUAUAAAACCCAAGGAGUGUACAGCACGGCUGUCUUCUUCUCACUCACCGUCAACUUGGAUGAUAAGAACUCCUCCCGCUACGUCAUCCGGAUUGACCAAGAUGGGCUGACGUUGUCUGAGAGAACCCUCUACAUGGGACAGGAUGAGGAAAGCGAAAAGAUCUUGGCUGCUUACCGGAUUUUCAUGGAACGUGUCUUGAGCUUGCUGGGAGCAGAAAAUGUGGAGCAGAAAGCCAGUGAAAUCCUGCACCUGGAACAGAGGUUAGCCAAUAUCACUGUUUCUGAGUACGAUGAUCUGCGCAGGGAUAUCAACUCCAUGUACAACAAAGUGACUUUGGGAGAGCUGCAGCGCAUCACGCCUAAUUUGAAGUGGAAGCGGCUUCUUGACCGAAUAUUCCACGACAAUUUCUCGGAGGAAGAGGAAGUGGUACUGCUGGCCACGGACUACAUGCAGCGGGUAUCUCAGCUCAUCCAUUCCACGCCAAUUCGGAUCCUCCACAACUACAUGCUGUGGCGCAUCGCAGUGGUGCUGAGCGAGCACCUCUCCACGCCUUUCCGGGACGCCAUCCAUGAACUCGCCCGGGAGAUGGAGGGGGCUGAGAAGCAGAUGGAGCUGAGCAAGGUGUGCCUGAGCCAGGCCAACAAGCACUUUGGGAUGGCAUUGGGGGCCCUCUUUGUGGAGCAGCACUUCUCCUCCACCAGCAAGGCCAAGGUGCAGCAGCUUGUGGAAAACAUCAAGCACAUCCUGGACCGACGAUUGGAAGAGCUGGACUGGAUGGAUGAAGAAACACGGAGGGCAGCUAGAGCCAAGCUCCAGCAUAUGAUGGUGAUGAUCGGCUACCCGGACUUCCUGCUCAACCCAGAAGCAAUUGACAAGGAAUAUGAGUUCCAAGUCAAUGAGAAAACCUACUUCAGGAACAUCCUCAACAGCAUCAAAUUCAGCAUCAAGCUGUCCGUGAAGAAGAUCCGGCAGGAGGUGGACAAGUCGGCGUGGCUGUUGCCUCCCCAGGCAUUGAAUGCUUACUAUCUUCCCAACAAGAACCAGAUGGUGUUCCCAGCUGGGAUCCUUCAACCCACUCUCUAUGACCCGGAGUUCCCACAGUCUCUGAAUUACGGUGGCAUUGGCACCAUUAUUGGGCAUGAGUUGACCCAUGGCUACGAUGACUGGGGAGGUCAAUAUGACCGGCACGGUAACUUGGUGCAUUGGUGGACGGACGCUUCCUACAGCAAGUUCCUGAAGAAGGCCGAGUGCAUUGUGAACCUAUACGACAACUUCACAGUCUACAACCAGAGGGUGAAUGGAAAGCAUACCCUUGGAGAGAACAUUGCUGAUAUGGGGGGACUGAAGCUGGCCUACUAUGCUUACCAGAAGUGGGUGCGGGAUCAUGGACCUGAAAACCCACUGCACUGGCUUAAAUACACCCAUGAGCAGCUUUUCUUCAUUGCUUUUGCCCAGAACUGGUGCAUUAAGCGGCGUUCCCAAUCCAUCUACCUGCAGGUUUUGACUGACAAACAUGCCCCUGAACACUACAGAGUCCUGGGCAGCGUCUCGCAAUUUGAGGAGUUUGGAAGGGUCUUCCAUUGUCCGAAGAACUCACCCAUGAAUCCAGCUCACAAAUGCUCCGUUUGGUGAAACGCCCACCCGCUCAGCCCACCAACAUAAACCCACACACAGUGUGCCAUAAAGAACCUGCUGGACCUUCCAUUGUGCUAUGUUUCGCCCUCUGGCCAGACGGAAAGCAAAGAGGGGAACUAUAUCUCUCCCUCCAAGCUGGAACUGACAGACAGAUGGACAAACUGAGAGAUGCUGCAGACAGGUCUUGCUUCCUGAGUCCAUUGCUAAGGUGUAAAACGGUGCCUGCUAUACACACAUCCCAGAAUCCCUUUCUCAUUACAUGCAGUAGACUCUCUGUUAACCAGAAAGCAAGCAACCAGAACUCUCAAGCAACUGUCAAAAAAAUAAAAAGAUAAUGCAUAAUGCA